UCCGCACCCGGGCUUCGGAUGCGGGGUGGGAAAGGGGCCCCCGCGGUCCAGCGGCCGCCUCGCCCCCCACCCCCGGUCCGCGUGCGACGCUCCCCGGCCCGCAGGCGCCGCGGGGGCAGGGACUGGGCGCGGAGCGAGGUUGGGAGGGACCUGGAAAAACCACCCAGAUUGCAUUGCAGUGGGCGAGGCCGCCCGGAGGAGCCGGUUCCCCAGAGCCGCCACCCCGCGGGGCGUUCGCGGAGCGAGGUUCCCAGGUGCUUGGAUUUGCCUGGGCCGGGAGGUUCCGCCUGGCGGGGACGCGAGGCUCUGUUGCGUGGUGGCCCACGCCCGGCGGAUCAAGCGCUCGCGACGACUGCGAGGAGGGUCAACGCCCGGCGGCCGACGGUGGCUGAGAAAGUGGUUACAGCCGCUCGGGAAGUCCUGCGUCGCCAGUCCUCUGUGGCCUCUGAUGUGGUUGUCAAAGAGAUCACAUUUACUACUCGCUGGACAAAUCCAACCUCUCUGAAGUAAUCUCUACACCCAACGUGAGACUCAAACUUGGGACCCGGAGAUCAAGAGUCACAAGCUCUUUCAACGCAGCCAGCCAGUCACAUCCGUGACUCCAGUUCACCCUGGUUGAACUUUGACAACCAGUAGUACUUACUCAUGCUUAGAGCUUGGGAAAGAGGUUGGGUGAGGGUAUCCAUCAAUUACACUGAUUGUAGAGGGAAGAAUAAUAUUUCCAAAAUAGAACUGCUCCCGGUAAUAGGACAUCCCUUUCUGGUUCGAGCCUGUAUCCCUGCUUUAGAAUCUAAUUUGAAUCGGCAUCCAUUUCUGCAAACAAUAUUUUGACUCAGAGCAUCAUUCUGAAAGGCAUCCCCCCAAAACCAUUGGCACUUCCUGUACAGUGUGGUCCAUCGAGUUGAUGAGAGAGAGAGCAGAAGGGAGAUCUUUCUCUUUAUAAACAUAAAUAACAAUGAUAAAAUAGAUUUUAUUUAUUAAAUCAACACUACACAUAUCUCAUGUGAUUCUCACAACAACCAAAUCAGGUAAAAAUAUUUUAACCCCCGCUUUACAACCGAUGAAACCAGAGGUUAAGAAUAACUUGGUGACAAUAGCAGCAAAGGCACUGGCAGAGCAGGGCUUUAUACCUAGGGAGUCCGACUCCAGAGACUAUGCAGCCACUAUGCAGUACUUAACAUGAACCAUGUUUAGACUCUAGAAAUCUUACUAAUCAACGAAAACAGGGCAGACUGUCACAAAGCAAAACCUAUCUCCCUGUGAGAGGUGGGUUACACAUACACAUGACCAAUAAUAAGCCACAAAAGCAGGCUACAGU